CUCAGAGGCGUGCGACCGGAAGUGGGGUCAGGGGUCGCCUGCGCGCCUCGCGGCCCGGUCGCUAUGUAGCGGAGGCCGGUGCCCUGCGCCUCUUUCUGCGGGCCCGGCUGUUCGGCCGCCCGCUCGCGCGUCGCCGGCUCUGCCGCUGGCCGGAAGCGCGGGCGCCACCAUGUUCGGCUGCUUAGUGGCUGGGAGGCUGGUACAAACAGCUGCACAGCAGGUGGCAGAGGAUAAAUUUGUUUUUGACUUGCCUGAUUAUGAAAAUAUAAACCAUGUUGUGGUCUUUAUGCUGGGAACAGUCCCGUUCCCUGAGGGCAUGGGAGGAUCUGUCUACUUUUCCUACCCUGACUCGAAUGGAAUGCCAGUAUGGCAGCUCCUAGGAUUUGUCACCAAUGGAAAGCCAAGUGCCAUCUUCAAGAUUUCAGGUCUUAAAUCGGGAGAAGGAAGCCAGCACCCUUUUGGAGCCAUGAAUAUCGUUCGAACUCCGUCUGUUGCUCAGAUUGGGAUUUCCGUGGAACUGCUGGAUAGUUUGGCUCAGCAGACCCCUGUCGGCAACGCUGCUGUCUCCUCCGUGGACUCGUUCACACAGUUCACACAAAAGAUGUUGGACAACUUCUACAAUUUUGCUUCAUCAUUUGCUAUUUCUCAGGCCCAGAUGACACCAAAUCCAUCUGAAAUGUUCAUUCCAGCAAAUGUGGUUCUGAAAUGGUACGAAAACUUUCAGAGGCGACUAGCACAGAACCCUCUCUUUUGGAAAACAUAAUUUGAAUAAAAAGAUUUUUAAUGGAUUCUGAAAUUUGUCGUAUUUUGAAGAUAAGUGACUCCAUGUGAAAGCACCAAGUCAAAAGGAUCCUGAAGUCCUUUGAUCAUGAAGUCUGUUUAAAAACUGCUUAGUUACUGUGAACGCCAAUGAAAAUCUUUAUAAAAAAUUAAAAACAUCAAAUAAUGAAAAAUGUUCCUUAUUUUUAGUGAUUUUCUCUUCCUUAAGCUUAAAGUAGUAUUUUAGAGGCAAAACAUUUUGUUUUGGAUACAGUUCAUUUUUUACUUAGAAAUAAAGAAUAUUCAUAAUAA